UUGCCUGAAAAGCCCAAGGCUCUAUUCCUCCAUCGCAUGCGAGGGUAAAAAGGUAACAAACACUCACCGGGACUGAGAAUUUUCCGCCAAUAAUUUUCCGAUCAUACCGGAGCUUUUAUACAGUCGACCAUGUUACUUUCGACGGUUUCGAGCUCCGCGCCUGUCUUCCGCAUCGGUGAACCACCGGUGGCCGCAAUUGGUUGGAAGCAAGCGUUGAGAUUUCGGAGGACGACGAAACGUAGUGUAAUCUCUUGCGAUUAUUCAUGCCUCGAGGUUAGGGAUAUAUGCUACCGUCCACCUGGAACAGAAUUGAAUAUUUUGAAUGGUGUUAAUCUUUCUCUCCGUGAGAAGAGCUUCGGCUUGAUUUUUGGCAAGAGCGGGAGUGGGAAAACUACCCUUCUUCAGCUUCUGGCGGGGCUGAACAAACCAACAUCAGGUUCGAUUUGUAUCCAAAGAUAUGGGGAUGAUGGCCAACCAAAUGCGGAUUCUGAGUUGUUACCCACUGAAAAAGUUGGCAUCGUUUUCCAGUUUCCAGAGAGAUUCUUUGUGGCAGAUAAUGUGCUUGACGAAAUUACUUUUGGUUGGCCAAGGCAAAAGGGUAGUUUGCAGUUAAAGGAGCGUCUGACUUCAAACCUCCAGAGAGCAUUUAAUUGGGUUGGGUUAGACAGCAUCCCACUUGAUAAAGACCCUCAGUUAUUAAGUGGAGGUUACAAGCGUCGGCUUGCACUAGCUAUUCAAUUGGUGCAAACUCCUGAUUUAUUGAUUCUGGAUGAGCCCCUCGCUGGUCUUGAUUGGAAAGCACGUGCAGAUGUUGCAAAGCUCUUGAAGCACCUAAAGAAGGAACUGACUUUACUUGUUGUAAGUCAUGACCUAAGAGAGUUAGCAACCUUGGUCGACCAGUCAUGGAGAAUGGAAUCAGGUGGUGUUCUUGUUGCAGAGCGUCCACCAGUUUAGUUCGAUAUUCAUUUUUACCGAAGGUCCAUCUACUUUUGAUUAUUCUGGUAUUCUUGCAAAAAAGUGAUAUGGGAUUUAACCCACGCAUACAUUUAUUAUUGUAUGGAGUUUAGAGAGCCGCUCGUUCUUUUGUAUAGGAGAUAAUGACAUGUUACGGUGUAUCAGUUGAGAGAGAUGCAGUGUUUCUCUUAUGAGAUCAAAACGUAUAACUGGAUUUGAGUCAAUGCGGACAAGAAUGUUUUCUCUUCA